AUGUCUACAAAUCCACAAAAUGGCAAUGCGCCGCCAGAUGGCUCUUCUGCGCGACCUCCGCGGAUAACUCCUCGAAACUCCGAUUUAGAUGAUGUCCUUAUUGCGGCAGCUGCAAAAGAAACCCCAUAUGGCACUCUGCGCCAGCUUGCGAAUAUUCCAAGACCAAUAACACCUCUGCGCCGGGCUUCUAGUGCAGGCCCUCCCUCCCAACGAUCAACUCGACGAACGCCUGCAGGCCAAUUGAGAACACCCGGCGCUGCGCAGAGGAUAUACGGCUCUGGUAGGAGGGCUGUCGCUGUGACGCCGCAUGGUCGAGCUGCUCAGCGAGAAUUGGAGGCCCGAAGAGCUGGACUCACUCCCGCUAGGAAGGACAGGAGGAGAAGUGGGAGACAACAAAGAGAAACCCCAAGAGAUACACUCAGAGCACUCAGUCGCAUUCUAGCCCCAAAGACACUACCGAUUGUACCAACACCGCACGGCCCCAGACCUCCCAAUGUUAAUUUUCGUUUACCCGGAGAAGAUGAUUUGGAUGAUGGGCCUGAGCUCGAACGUCCUCGUCUGUCACUACCUAUUGGGGACGAGGAGGAUGAUGACGACAGUCUUUUGCUUCCGCCACAAUCGGCAGGUUUGGAGGAUGAGAAUUUUACUGUUCAGUCUGUUGAGCUUGGCCGCAGGGCUAUAAGUGAACAACCGCUCAAUCGAUUUUCGAGAGGAAGUUUUGGAAGUGUCCGAUUGAGUGACCAAUUCGCGGACCUGAAUCAAUUGGAGUUCGACGGAAGAGAUGUUUAUGAUUCAAGUAUUAUGGCUGGGCAAGCCUUUGAGGAUGACGACAUCCCAGGUGAUGUUUCUGGGUUUCCAGGCCAUAGUGAUAACACGGAAACUCUAAGAGACCUGGGUCUUGACCGGGGUCGCAUAUCUUUAGCAUCAGGUCGCAACAGCGAUAUUCAACCAGGAACAGUUUCAGCAGAUGACACUGAAACAUUUGUAUUCACAGUUCCUCCAAGAGAUGUAACCGAAUUACAGGUGUCAGAUCAAACGGAGGAGUCCUUGAUUCGGGUCGAGGACGAAGUCCAGUAUGAGCUUCCGUACGAUGUCCCUAAUGAGAAUGUUCCGGAUGAGGACGACGACGAAGUGGAAAAUAUUGAGGACCAUGAUCUGGCGAGCAGCCCCCCUCCAGCAGGUAUGGACAUCAGCCUGCAAGAUACUACGCUACAAGAUGGCGAUCUGGUAAGCGCUACAAAAUUGAAGGCCGCGAGGAAGAAGAGGAUGAAGAUCUCCAAACAUGGAAUACAAUACCCAUCCCUUCCAGUUGGUGUUGUUAAGAAACUGGCAACGUCAUACGCACAAAUGGGUGGUAACAGCCGGACGAAACUAAGCAAAGAUACCUUAGAUGCUAUCAUGCAGGCAUCGGAUUGGUUUUUUGAACAAGUCAGUGAUGAUUUGGGUGCAUAUGCAAAGCACGCAGGCCGAAAGACAAUUGAUGAGAGUGAUAUUGUUACACUAAUGGCGCGAUUAUUCUGGCACGGACUCAUUUUUGAAAAUAGGCAACGCCAGACAAAUGCUACUACGACACCAUUUUCUCUUGCUCAAAGGCAUCUACCUCGAGAGCUGCUCCAAGAUCUACGAAUGGUGCCUCCAUCAAAGCUCAAAAAAGGCCGACAGCUGGAAAGAGUGGCAGAGGAGGCCGAGGAAUGA